AGAAUCAAAACAAAACAGCGAGCUGUCAGUCGAAUGUUGCGUUUGCCGCGUGGUUUGGCCGCGAGUGUUUUUCGGGCGGUGUUUUCUCGGGCCUGUUCCGUCGUCGCGAUGGCCACCGGAGGGGAAUCCGCGGGUGUGAGUGCUAGUGACCGCCGGAAGAACGAGGGUCCACCGCCGUUGGUGGUGAUUCUCGGUUCCACCGGGGUGGGGAAGACGAAACUUUCGAUCGAGCUGGCUAGGCGUUUUGAUGGGGAAAUUAUCAGCGCCGACUCGAUGCAAGUGUACCGUGGGCUGGACAUUGUGACGGCGAAAGCCACCCGGGAGGAGCAGGCCCAGGCCCGGCACCACCUGCUGGACGUGGCCACGCCGGACCAGGCCUUCACGGUGAUCCACUUCCGCGAGGCGGCGCUCCCGAUUAUCGACCGCUUGCUGGAGCAAAACCGGAUGCCGAUCGUAGUAGGCGGCACGAACUACUACAUCGAGAGCGUCCUGUGGCAGGUUCUGGUCGGGACCGGAAUCCACGAGGAACGCACCCGUCGGCGAACAACCUCCUCCUCCUCGUCGCAAGAAGAAGACGCGAAGCGUCCGAAGCUGUCAUCGACGUUGGAAGAAAGCGAAAGUGGUGGAAACAGGGAAAGUGCGAAAGAAGAUGAUGCGAAGAAAGUGGUGGGAAGUGAGAAUGAAAGUGGUGAACAAGUGGAGAAGAUCGCAGCAAGCGGCGACGACGCCGACGAAGAAGAGUCGGAGCUGGUCGCACGAGUGUUGCCAAUGGCAACCGAACAGCUGGAGCAGCUGGAGUCGCCGGUUUUGCACCGCGUGCUGCGACGCGUCGAUCCCGUUAGCGCGGACCGGCUACACCCGAACAACAAGCGGAAGAUUGUCAGGGCGCUCGAGGUGCUGCGGCAGGACGGUCAACCGCUGAGCCGGAUCUUGGCGGAGCAGCGCGGCCAAGCCGGUGGAAGCCGGCUGGGCGGUCCGCUGCGGUACCGUAACGUGGUCAUCUUCUGGCUGCGCUGCGAGCAGGAAACCCUGAACGCCCGACUGAACUCCCGGGUGGACUCGAUGGUCGCGCAAGGCCUACUGGCGGAGAUCCGUCAGUUCUACGAGCGCUUCGUGAAGCCGUACGAUGACAACGACUUCCACCGUGGAAUUCUGCAGAGCAUCGGCUUCAAGGAGUUUGUGCGGUAUCUGGAAAAGUACGACCGCGACCACGACCGGCUCAUCGAGGAGGCCAUGGCCACCACCGGUGAAGGCGUGGCCAACCCUCCGGAAGGUCUGCCGCUGCUCCGCAGCUGUCUGGACAACCUGAAGCUGGUGACGCAACGCUACUCUAAGAAGCAGCUCAAGUGGAUCAACCAUCGCUUCCUGGUGGACGGCCCUCGGGAGGUCCCCCCGAUCUACGCGCUGGACACGACGGACGUGUCCCGCUGGGACGAGAUCGUUUCCGGUCCGGCCGUGCGCCUGAUCGAGGCGCACCUUGCCGGAACCAACGAGUCCAAUCUGAGCACCAUCCUGGCGCCCCUUCCCAAACACGCCAGCCCGCGGGCCGGCCUCAACGAGGAAACGUCAUUCCACUGUGACAUCUGUCAGCGCACCAUAGUAGGCGAGUACCAGUGGGCGGACCACCUGAAAUCGAACCGCCACAAAAAGUGCCUCCAGAGUAAGCACAAGAAGGAGAAGAAUCAACAUUUGACGAGCGAGAGCAUAUCCAGCAGACCUUCAUCGAAUCGCUAUUCGAAUGUGACUUUCAAGCAUCUUUGAAAUCGUGAGAAACCAAAAUUUAAAAGAAUAAAAA